UGGAGCUGACACCAUCGUCGGAGGGCUACAGCUUCUGGCACACGAUGGACGUCCCCAUCUACAUGAAGUUCUACUUCUGGAACGUCACGAAUGCUGAUGACGUCAUUGGUAAAAAGGCGAAACCAAUUCUGGAGGAGCUGGGGCCAUACGUGUACAGCGAGAAGCACCUGAAGGUGAACAUGACCUGGAACGACAACGGCACGGUGACGUACAUGCAGAUCAAGACGUGGCACUUCGAGCCGGACAUGUCGGUCGGCAGCCGGGACGACAACAUCACCACGCUCAACGUGCCGUUGCUGGCGGCCGCCGCCCUGAUCCGGGACCUGAACGACUUCAUGAAGGUCAUGUUCAACGAGAUGGUGAACUCCGUGGAUACAAAACCAUUCGUAACGCGCACGGUGCGUGAGUUCCUGUUCGACGGCUACGACGACCCGCUACUGGAUGCCGCGUCCGUGCUCAAGUACCUGGUCAACAUCUCCAUACCGUUCGACAAGUUCGGUUGGUUUUACGGCAGGAACGGCACCAACUACUACGACGGCGUGUUCAACAUGGACACGGGCCGGACGGUGUCCCAGCUGGGUGACCUGCACUUCUGGAACAACACCAACACUACGACGGCGUUCGACGCGCCCUGCAACAUGGUCAACGGCUCGGCCGGCGAGCUCUUCCACCCGCGGCUCGACAAGACGUACAUCGAGCUGUACUCGACGGACAUCUGCCGGUCACUCCGCGUUCCCUACAAAGAGCCGACAUCCAAAUACGAGUUAGGCGGUAACAGGUACCAGGCUGAUGAGAUGAUGUUCGCCAGGCCCGAUACGAACCCCGACAACUGGUGUUUCUGCAACGGAGAAUGCCCCCCUGCAGGGCUGCUGAACGAGACGCUGUGUCGGUUCGGCGUGCCGGCCUUCGUCUCCUUCCCGCACAUGCUGUACGCCGACCCGGCCGUCAUCGGCCAGACGGUGGGCCAGCGGCCCAACGAGUCGCUCCACAACUUUCACAUCGAUCUGGAGCCGCUGACGGGGGUGCCGCUCUCGGUGCGCGCCCGGUUCCAGAUCAACAUGCUGCUCAAGCCCAACAGUGACGUGACGAUCCUUUACGACGUGCCGACCGUGUACCUGCCAAUGCUCUGGUUCGACAACGCCGUGGACACGACGCCCGACAUCGCCGCCCAGUUCGUCACCAUCGUGGAGACGGUGCCGACGAUCAUGUCAGCCAGCAGCUUCGCGCUGCUGGGGCUGGGCGCUGCGCUGCUGGUGUGCGCCGCGCUGCUGCUGGUGGCGCUGCGCUCGCGACAGCCGCGGCCUGGCGAAGAGCCGCUGACCGCCAGCAGCACGGGCAGCAGCCUGGCGAGCGCGCGUUGACGCUGUCGACCAGCG